AUGAACGAAGUGACAGCAGAGGAGGUGGAGAAGUUCCUGGACUCCAAUAUUGGCUUUGCCAAGCAGUACUGUAACCUCCGCUAUCGGGCCAAGGUCAUCUCAGACCUUCUUGGGGCCAAGGAGGCAGCUGUGGACUUCAGCAACUACCACUCACUGAACAGCGUGGAAGAGAGCGAAAUCAUCUUUGAUCUCCUGCGGGACUUUCAGGAAAAUUUGCAGGCUGAGAAGGGCAUCUUCAACAUCAUGAAGAAGCUGUGCUUCCUCCUGCAGGCAGACUGCAUGAGCCUGUUUAUGUACAGGACCCGCAACGGCAUCGCAGAGCUAGCCACCCGUCUCUUCAAUGUCUGCAAGGAUGCUGUCUUUGAGGACUGCCUGGUGAUGCCUGAGGGGGAGAUUGUCUUUCCCCUGGACAUGGGCGUCGUGGGCCAUGUUGCACACGCUAAAAAGAUCGUCAAUGUCCCCAACACAAAAGAGGAUGAGCAUUUCUGUGACUUUGUGGACAACCUCACAGAGUAUGAGACCAAGAGCAUCUUGGCGUCCCCCAUAAUGAAUGGGAAGGAUGUGGUGGCUGUAAUCAUGGCUGUGAAUAAAGUGGAUGGACCCCACUUCACCAAGAGAGAUGAAGAGAUUCUUCUCAAGUACCUUAAUUUUGCAAACCUAGUCAUGAAGGUGUUCCACCUGAGUUACCUGCACAACUGUGAGACUCGGCGUGGUCAGAUCCUGCUGUGGUCUGGGAGCAAAGUCUUUGAAGAGCUUACAGACAUCGAGAGACAGUUCCACAAAGUCCUGUACACAGUCCGUGCCUUCCUCAACUGUGACAGAUACUCUGUGGGUCUCUUAGACAUGACUAAGCAGAAGGAAUUUUUUGAUGUGUGGCCAGUUCUGAUGGGUGAGGCUCCACCCUAUACUGGUCCCAGGACUCCAGAUGGAAGGGAAAUUAACUUCUACAAGGUCAUUGACUACAUCCUGCAUGGCAAAGAAGACAUCAAAGUAAUUCCGAACCCACCCCCUGACCACUGGGCUUUAGUAAGCGGUCUCCCCACAUAUGUUGCCCAACAUGGCCUGAUUUGCAACAUCAUGAACGCACCUGCAGAGGACUUUUUUGCAUUUCAGAGAGAGCCUCUGGAUGAAUCUGGAUGGAUGAUUAGAAAUGUUCUUUCUAUGCCAAUUGUGAACAAGAAGGAAGAAAUUGUUGGGGUUGCGACAUUUUACAAUCGGAAAGAUGGGAAGCCCUUUGAUGAAAUGGAUGAGACCCUCAUGGAGUCUUUGACUCAAUUCCUGGGUUGGUCUCUCUUAAAUUCUGACACCUAUGAGUCAAUGAACAGACUUGAAAACAGGAAGGAUAUUUUCCAAGACAUAGUGAAAUAUCAUGUGAAGUGCGACAAUGAAGAAAUUCAGAAAAUCCUGAAAACCAGAGAGGUAUAUGGGAAGGAGCCUUGGGACUGUGAGGAAGAGGAGCUGUCUGAGAUCCUGCGACAAGAGCUGCCAGAUGCAGAGCAAUAUGAGAUUAACAAAUUCCACUUCAGUGACUUGCCCCUAACGGAACUGGAGCUGGUGAAAUGUGGGAUACAGAUGUAUUAUGAGCUCAAAGUGGUGGAUAAAUUUCACAUUCCACAAGAGGCCCUGGUGCGGUUCAUGUACUCCUUGAGUAAGGGCUACCGCAAGAUCACCUACCACAACUGGCGGCAUGGCUUCAACGUGGGACAGACCAUGUUCUCUUUGCUGGUGACUGGAAAGCUGAAACGAUACUUCACGGACCUGGAGGCCCUGGCCAUGGUCACAGCUGCCUUCUGCCAUGACAUUGACCACAGAGGCACCAACAACCUCUACCAGAUGAAAUCCCAGAACCCACUGGCCAAGCUCCAUGGGUCCUCCAUCUUGGAAAGACAUCACUUGGAGUUUGGCAAAACAUUGCUCAGAGAUGAGAACUUGAAUAUCUUUCGAAACCUCAGCCGCCGACAGCAUGAGCAUGCGAUCCACAUGAUGGACAUUGCCAUCAUCGCCACGGACCUCGCCUUGUAUUUCAAGAAGAGGGCGAUGUUCCAAAAGAUCGUGGAUCAGUCUAAAACAUACGAGAGUCCCGAGGAGUGGACGCAGUACAUGAUGCUGGAGCAGACGCGGAAGGAAAUCGUGAUGGCCAUGAUGAUGACCGCCUGUGAUCUCUCAGCCAUCACCAAGCCCUGGGAGGUGCAGAGCAAGGUAGCUUUGCUGGUUGCUGCUGAAUUCUGGGAGCAAGGUGACCUGGAGCGCACGGUGCUGCAACAGAACCCCAUUCCCAUGAUGGACAGAAACAAGGCAGAUGAACUCCCUAAGCUCCAGGUCGGCUUCAUCGACUUUGUGUGCACCUUUGUCUACAAGGAAUUCUCACGCUUCCAUGAGGAGACCACCCCCAUGCUAGACGGGAUCACCAACAACCGCAAGGAGUGGAAGGCGCUUGCUGACGAGUACGAUGCCAAGGUGAAGGCCCUGGAGGAGGAGAAACAGCAAGAGCAGGCCACCAAGCAAGCAGCCUCGGGAAAUGAGCCAGGGGACACACCUACCUCCAGGUCCUGCUGCAUCCAGUAGCGUGGCCAGGGAUCUGCCAGCCAGAAGAUCACCACCCUUUCCUGGGAGGAGACUGCCCAAGCCUGCGAAAAAUCACACACCUUCUCGAGAAGUCAAAGAGUUGUAGGGUUUGAAAGCUGAUACAGAAUUUAGCUUACUACCUCCUCUAGUGGUUUUGAAACAGUUCUUAGUCUCGAGAACUGUUUCCUGAGCUCAAACCAGUACGUUGGCAGCCCUUUCCCCAACCUGCAGAUGUUCCACGACCCCCAGUGGAGGCUGGAAAUCAGAUAAUACCAAACCCUGCGUAUGCUGCUUUUGCUGUGCAUGCAUCCUUCUGACAAAGUUUAAUUUGUAAACCAGGCAUAGUAAGAGUUAGCAACCAUAGAAUAGACCCAUUGUAACAAUAUACUGUAAUAAAAGUUAGCAACCAUAGAAUAGACCCAUUGUAACAAUAUACGGUAAUAAAAGUUAGGUGGACAUAGUAUCUCUCGGUCUCAAAGUAUCUUCUUGUGCUGUCCUCACCUACCCUUCUUGGUGACCAAGGGUAACUAAAACAAGAAAGCGGAACUGAGGAAAGGAGCACUAUUAUAUUCGAGUUUUCAUAGACAUCAACUAAACAAAUGAAUGCCAAUCCCCCUGCUUGCUCAGUAUCACUGAUAUUCUUACGCUUUCACUUAAUGUUUUAUUAUAAAAUGUUCAGUUGUUCUCAAAGGACAAUUGCACAUUGAGUCCCUACACACUAAUCACUCAGAUUCCAGUAUCAAGUUUCGCUGUUUGUUUUAUUUGUCCUUUUAACACGUAUUUUUCAACUUUUCCUUAAGGGAAGUAAAAGGUGAAUUCCACAUGUAUCGUUUUGCUCCUCUGUGGUACAUCUUUAAAGGGA